AUGGAAGUUAUGGAAAACUCUGAGGAGGUGGACCAGUCUAAUGAGAAGGAAAGGCUGAAGAUGAGAAUUGCAGUUUUGGAGGAGAGUGUUAAGUCCUCCGAAGUGGAGUGUAAAGCCAGCAGAGAGACGGUGCUGAGGCUGGUGGCAGAGCUGGACCGAGAAAGGAAGAAGGCUGCCAGCAGUGCAGCAGCACUGGAUUCACUCAAAGUGGAGUUAGAUGACAUGGUGGUGGGAAGACGGAGUGUUGAGAUGGAUAAAGAAACCCUAAUGGAGAGGCUUGAGGCCAGCAAGAGAGUGAUAGAGGCGGCUAGGCGAGAGUCAAACUGUUUAGAGAAACAGGUGGAGGAGCUUGAAAGAAAGCUACAGUCAAGCCAAGGAGAGACGCAGGCAGCUGAAGACAAAUUGCAGAUGUUCCUGAAAAAGGUGGCAGGCCUGCUGCAGGUCAUGUCUGAUAAUGUCAUCCUGCCCACAGAGAAAGAUAUUUUGCAGAAACUGGACAAGACCGUGUCAGAGAUGGAGUCCAAGUUGGGCGAUGUCUCAGAGGAGCUGAGGGAGCAGACAGAGCUCCAGAAUAGCGCGCUACAGAGGGCGCAGCUUGCAGAGCAGCAAGUCCAGGACCUGAGGGAGAGACUGCAAGGCCUGGAGACUGAGCUGCUGACAGCAGACAUGCAUCGUGAUGAGCUGCGACACAGCAGACAGCAUUAUGAGAAAUUCCUGGAGCAGCUGUCAGAGACCAUGAUGGUUGACAGCAUUGCUCUGGAUCUAGGCUUCGACAUGAGGCUAAAACUCAUCCUGUCACGUGCAGAACAACUUGUCAAACAAGAAGGAAAAGCUUUGGUGGAGAGCAAAAGUCUGACUUAUAGUUUACAGCGAAAGUUAAAAUCACAGAAGGACCAACUAGAGAGCAAAGGACUCCACAUCCAGCUCCUGAGGAAGAAGGUGUCAGAGCUGGAGGAGGAGAAGAGGUGCCGCUCAGCGCUGGCUGUGGAACGAGAUGACGCUCAUCUCGAGGCCAGGAAGCUGCAGAAGAAACUAGAGCGUCUCCAAAGCGAGCUGAAGGCCACCAAGCUGUCCAACACUGAGCUCAAGGCCCAGCUCUCCCACACUAAUGAGCUCAAGUUGAAAGUCAUGGAACAGAGUCAGACCAUGCAGGAGCAGAAAAAGAGGCUGGAUCAGCUGGUGGAGGGGAAGGCCAAGGUGGAGAAGAAGCUGAGCUCAGAACGACAGAGCCAAGAGAAGAAGAUCAGAGAGGACCAGCAACAACUCAGCACCCUCAGACAGAGCCUGGCUCAGCUGUCUGAGAGGGAGAGAGAAUUGGUGGAUUUUCGGAUGGUUGUUUCUCAGAUGCUCGGUUUAGAUGCCACAGGCCUGGCACUCCCAAAUUACGAAAUCAUCAAAUUACUGGAGACCAUUCUUCACGCUCAUCAUCACCACCAUCACCUUCAUCACCAUGUGAAUAUGCCCUGGCAUUGUCCUACUCACCAGAGGCCUCAACUCCCCCAAAUCCAGGAUCUUCGGGACAGCUCCUCCUUGGAUGUUUCUACCUCCAGGUCUGCUUGUCCAGUGGAUGCAGGUCCCCUUAAACAAACCUAG